UUCCGGAACUCUUCGUCCUCCUCAAGAGCCACCAGUUCAGCAGCCAGCCAAACCUAGUUACAAAGAAAAUCGGAGAUUCAGAAAUUAACCAAGAAAAUUCACAUCUUAUCUUACCCCAUCUACUCUUCUCUACUUUCUCUCUUCCUGCAAAUGGAUUCCUGGUCUCCUUCUGUUGCAAUGGAUGAUGAAUUUCAGAAGCUACUCAUUCGUAUGAAUCCUCCUAGGGUUACGAUUGAUAAUGCCUCAAACGGAAAAGCCACCUUAAUUAAGGUUGAUAGUGCGAAUAAGAGAGGGAGCUUGUUAGAAGUGGUUCAGGUUUUGACCGAUUUAGAUCUUGUAAUUAGACGAGCUUACAUUUCCUCUGAUGGAGAAUGGUUUAUGGAUGUGUUUCAUGUUACAGAUCGGCAUGGGAAGAAGGUAUCUGAAGAUGAUAUAGGUGAAAGAAUUCAACAGUCCUUGGGACCAAGAGCACGCAGCUUCCGGUCAAUGAAAAGAUCUGUGGGUGUCCAAGCUGCCACAGAACACACAACAAUUGAAUUGACAGGACGAGACAGACCUGGAUUGCUUUCAGAAAUUUUUGCUGUUCUGGCUGAUCUCAAAUGCAAUGUAGUAGCUGCAGAAGUCUGGACCCACAACUCUAGAAUGGCAUCUGUGGUUUACAUCACGGAUGAGGCUACGGGCUUGCGAAUUGAUGAUCAUGAUAGGCUUGCUAGGAUCAAGCAGCUUCUUUUGUAUAUACUAAAAGGGGAUAGAGAUAAGAGGAGUGCUAAUACUGCUGUUUCUGUGGGUUCUACUCAUAAGGAAAGGAGGCUGCAUCAGAUGAUGUAUGCAGAUCGUGAUUUUGAUGCGAAUGACGUGGAUUGCAGGUCAACAAGUGAAGGAAGGAAACCUCUGAUAACUGUCGAAAAUUGUACAGAUAAGGGAUAUACUGCAGUGAACUUGAGGUGCGCUGAUCGCCCCAAGCUACUCUUUGAUACUGUUUGCACUUUGACAGAUAUGCAAUACAUGGUAUAUCACGCAACUGUGAUAGCUGAAGGACCAGAAGCUUAUCAGGAAUACUAUAUCAGGCAUAUGGAUGGGUGCCCCAUAAGUUCUGAAGCAGAGAGACAAAGAUUAAUUAAUUGCCUGGAGGCUGCUAUUAAGAGACGAGCUUCCGAGGGCAUACGAUUAGAACUCUGUAGCGAAGAUAGGGUUGGCCUUUUGUCUGAUGUUACUCGCAUAUUCAGAGAAAAUGGUCUUUCAGUCACUCGAGCAGAGGUUACCACCAGGGGUUCCCAAGCCGUGAAUGCUUUUUAUGUGACAGAUGCAUCUGGAAAUCCAGUGAAAAGUGAAAUGAUUGAAGCAGUUCGAAAAGAGAUUGGCCUCACCAUUCUUCGAGUGAAAGACGACUCAUGUAUAAAGUCUUCACCAUCGCAGGAAAGUGGGAGGUUUUCUUUAGGCAAUCUUUUCAGGUCUAGAUCAGAGAAAUUCCUUUACAACUUGGGGCUGAUAAAAUCAUGUUCGUGAGCAACUUUUACUUGGUAAGGAAAAAGAUAGAGCGCCUUCUUUAGUCUUCGCGUGUAAAUGUUAGUAGAUCGUGUUGGUUUGAGCAUACAACUUAUUUCUCUACUUGGGAGUCAGGAAUCGAAAAAAAAAAACUUGCUAUUAAAAGUCUGAAUUGUAAAUACUUGCAAUCAGGAUCUCUUGUAAAUACCACCAUUUCAUUUCUACACACCAUAGUGUUGGAAGUUUUUUGUAGAUAUAGUUCUAUUCAUCACACCAAUAUUUGCAAUCAAAUUCUCUGUGGAACAAACCCUUUAUGUAAACUAGAAUUUCUUAUUUAUGAAUUCAUAUAAAGCUCUCCUUAUUGUUGGGGGAAAGAAAAACAAUGGAGGAAGA